AUGACAAUCAAAACGGAUCCCCAUUAUUCAAGAUUCUCUUAAUCACAAUCAAAACACAAAAAAAAAAAAAAAAAAGGUCAGCAGCCAUAAAUAGUUAUGUGUUGAAUUCAAUUGCGUGAAUCUGAGGUCUCUCAUUAACUGAAAAUCGUUCAUCUGUCUCCUUCACUUUCUCCCUCAGCCCUAUGCCUUUUCACCAUUGUUUCUCUGCAUCAUUUCUUCUUCCUCCUUUUGUCAAUCUUUAAAAAUUAAAAUAUGGUUUCCUUUCUUCUCUGUUUGGACGGCACCUUAUUUUAUCACUGCAAAAACAAAAAUGGAUGUUAAAUCUUGACUCUUUCAAUUGAGCUGAGAGAAAAAAAACAUGCCUGUUUACCGAUCCUUCGUCACGUGUGACGACCCCAAAGGCGUCGCCGACUGCAAGACCGUCGCAAAAUCCAAGAAAGCCCGACAAAAAAAACUCCAUAAAACAUCAACAUCAUCAAACUCUAAAGAGAGAGGUGAGGAGGCCGGCUUGUGUUUUCAAGUGAUGGAGGUUUCUAGAGGCGCAGAGAGGCUCUCCAAAGCGGUGGAAAGCCCGCACACCGCCACCGACUUGCUCAGAGGCGCUCUGCAUUUGCAGCACUCUCUAGUUAUGUUUGGGAAUUUGCACAAGGAGAAGAGGCCUCUUGAUAAGCCUAGAGUUUCUGCAUCCAGAGAUUGCUAUGAUGAGCUGAGGGAUGUGAUUAGGGAGAGCUUUGCUAGGCAGAAUUUAUUGCCCAAGGAGAAACUAGCUUGUGACGUUGAUAGAAAGCACUCUGAGUUGUGUGUUGAUUUGCCGUCUUCUAGCUCGAGCCAGACCUCGUCUUCGCUGCUCCACUCGGGCUCCUCGGGGUCUUCCAGCAUCCAGCUUGAGAGGAAGUCAAACUUGAUUGCGAAGCUCAUGGGGUUGGAGGAAGCAAUGCCCGCGUUUUCCAAGGAAAGGGCUUCGCCGUAUAGGAGAAGCCCUUUCCUUGAUAUUGAUCUGCCGAGGCCUAUCAACAGGCCUCAGUUCAAGGUAGCUAGAAGAGAGACGAGAACGUUAGAAGAGAUCAUUGAGACUAUGCAGUUUAAGGGGAUUUUGGGGAGAAAGUCUUUACAUGAUUACAAGUUGCAUUCUAAUGCGUUGUUCUUGAGGAAUGAAUCGGCUGUUGAGACCCCGCCUAUCGUGAUCAUGGAGCCUCUUCGUGUCCGUGGUUAUCAGUGUACCGAUGGUGGGGAGCACGUCAAGAGUCGACAAACGCCAAGAAAGACGGGGCCAGAGCUUCCACCUAGACCAGAGUUGAAGGCAAAGAAGCCUAAUGAGAAAUCUGUAGUAGAUCAAUCUUCAAAACAGAAGCUCGAUAAGAGAACUCAAGCGAGGCCAGUAAUGAAAGCAGCAGUAGAUAGCCUCUCUACGACGAGGAUGAGCCAAACAAAGCCUCUUCCUCCACAAAUACAGAAGAAAGAAGCCCCCAAAGUAAGGAAACAAAAAGAUGCUAAGCCUAAAAUGUCUGAUAAAACUCAAGAUGUAGCCAAACUUGCUGCAGUGAAGACUGUGAGAGGAAACAAUGUCUCUAAAAGUCAGGUUGCUAGAGGAAAGGUUGCAGCCGCGGAUAAGGGCAUGAAACCAACACCUCUUAGUCGAACUGUUCCAAAGAAGAGUCCGCGGAAAGGUGAAUCCAACAGCAAGCCCUCACCACAUGUAGUUGAAAAUACACAAAGUAAAGGCAAUUUUGCAAUCUGUACUGAAACUAUCGUCAGUGAGUUCACGGUGAAGAAUACAGAACCAAAACAUGCUACUGAGGAAGUGGCUAAAGCUUAUAAUGUGUCUGAUAGUUCAACGAAUGCAGCAAGUUCUCCUAGAGAUGAUUCGGACGUAACUACCAAGGAUGAUCCCCAUCAUAUUGAAAAUGACACUUUGUUUCCAAGUUUAGAUUCAGAUCAUAACAAAGGCUGCAAAAUCCGAAUGAAUUCAAGAUAUUUACUCCUAAGAAGUGCUUCAUUUCUCAAUCAUGUGGAGGAGCUCUUCGACACAGGCACUCAUGACUCUACCGUCUUUCGAAGUUCAGUUGAUAGUGAAGGGCUUUAUGAUGCUCUUCUCCUCGACUGUGCAAAAGAAAUACUAGAGCGUAAGAGCCUAAGCUGCAGGAGCACGAGAAAUCUUUGGUCACAAAACCUCUUGAGAAGGCCGAAAUACCAUUCAUCUAUAGAGCAGUUGGUAGAGGAGAUAGCUGAUAUCAUUGAAGAUUUGCAAAACUAUAGUGAAGAUUGUGGCAAUAUAGUUGUCGCAGACAGCAUAUACCCGAUGCUGGACAAAGACCUAAGGCGGAAUGAAGAGGUGACGGGUGCUUGGGAUUCUGGCUGGAGGAAGGGAUAUGCAAUGGAAGCAGUUGAUGAAGUGAUGCAUGAAGUGGAAGAGCAAGUUUUGAGUGAAAUAGUAGCUGAUGUGAUUACAGAAAUUAUGCAAUAAAUUAUUGAGCUUUUGGUGUAAAAAUUUCAUUAGAUUUAUAAUCAGUACAUAUCCUGACAAAACAUAGAGAUGUAGAGAGUUCUACUGUAUUAACUGCUUGAUUCAUUCUAUAAUUGAUAACACUUUGGUCUCCAA